GUCAAAGUUGAAGGCCAAUUAAGAAAAGAGUGGCUGAAAACUCAGCUGUUUUACAACGUAGUAAAGACUUGCAGCCGAGUUCGUUUGGUGAACAAUAAUAAUACUAAUGAUGACAAUGAUGGCCUGUAAAAAUAGUAUUACACGUUGGCAUCUAAGUUUAAACUAUGUUUUGAAAAUGAGAUAUUUUGCCACUAAGCCGCUACAGGUAAUAAUAAUAAUUCGGAUAAUAAUUUCUGUUGAAUAAUUUAAUUAUAGGGCCUGUGUGACAGUUUUUACUGUGACAGUCACAGUCACAGUGUGUCCUGUGUUGACUGGUACUGUUACUGUUACAUUGUUGGGUAUAGGCCUACCACAUUGUUGACUAUUGCCAUUGCCACUAUUUAUUGGUCAUCAUAGAAUCAUUAGUCAUUGUCAUUUUUUUAUUACAUUCAAAUUAAAUCCAGGUCCAUGCACUAGCAGGCCCUGCCUCCAGGCCCGGGCACAAUAAAUAAAAUUAAAAUCCACAAAUGGCACAAUUCUUCUUCUUCUUAUUCUUGGUACACAAAACUACAAUCAUUACAAUGAUGAUUUUAUAGAUAAGAUAGGCCUAUUAUUAUAUUAAUAAAAUUACAAGUAUGACAGUAUGACAUUUAUUAUAUAUUUGAUGGUGCAUUGACUAUUGACAGUUGAUUUAAAAAUUAUAGCAGUUUUUGUAGACUAAGACUGAGAGUGUCUUUUAAGAUUCUUAGUAACUUAGUAAUAGUAAGACUGUGUGUACUGUAGUCUGUAGUUUUUAAACCAACUAAUUUUAACAACUGUAAAAACAUAAACAGCAUUCCCCAAAUGGUGGUUGGUGGACAGGCGCUAGAUUGUGAGGCUUACAUUGUCAGUCCGCUUAACAUGAAUAUGUAUGGUCAAAUAAAAAAGAAAAUAUAACUAAUAAAUCUGGCACCAAUCUUGCUGUAAUUUUGAAACUUAUCCACUGGUCCUCAAAACUUAAAAGUUUAGGAAACACAGGUCUAUUCAAUGCAUCUGUGAAUUAUGUUGUCUAGUCAAGUUAAAUAUAUUUGGAAUCUUAAAUUAGUUUAAAUCUAUUAAUAUAGGUAAAUUUGAAAUGAAAGUAUUUCAUAUGAAAGUAUUAAAAGUUUGGAGCUUAUUCCAAUAUAGGAAACAUAAUAAGUAUCCUAGUUAGAUCAUCCUAGUCCUAGUGAUAGCUGAUAUGUACUUGUGUUGGCUCUAAUAAGAAUUUAAUUUCAAUAUUUCCAUAUUCAAAAUAACAAAAAUUCAAUACUCUGAGCCAUGGGCGCCCGCAGAAAACUUUCUAUGAAAGAGGGGGGGGAGGCUAAAAAAUCGAUUAAAUUUCCACGGGGGCAAACAGUUUUUCGUAUUGUUUUAUUGUAGUAUUAAUUUACUGUAGCGUAUCAAGUUUAGUUACUUUCUCUUUAUUUUCUCUUUACUGUAAUACAUUUUUUGUCUAUUUUUGUCUAAAAUUGUUUUAAUCAAUCCGGGGGGGGGGGGGGGUGCCCCCCUUGCCCCCCUUCUGCGGGCGCCCAUGCUCUGAGCCCAGACUGUCAUGAUCAGGGCUUUUGAUCUAGUAAUUUUUAGAGUGCUCUGCUCUGAUAAAAUUUUCUGCAAUUGAGGGUAAGGAACCAGGAAAAGGACCCAAUUUUUGGAUCAAGGUGCAGAUGGUAGGAGAUAUGAGGAGUGUGGGAAUAAUGAGAUGGUCAGUUAGAGUUGAAGGGUAGAGUUUGGGGGCUAGUGGGGUUAGGGACAAAUCAUUAGAGAUAAUAAAUGAUGAGGGGGAAAUGCAAAGGAUCAGCAGGUGAUGGGGAAUGGGUAUAAGGCAGGUUGAGUGAGAUAUGUUUGGAGAAGACGUGAGGAUAGAGUAUGGUGAGAGGUGAGGUGAGAAAGUAAAGGAGGGACAGAAAAGUGAGAUAUGUUAGUGGACAGGGAGCAAAGGGUUUGAGGGGAUAAAAGUGGAAUUUGAGUAAAAUGUAUGUAUAUAUGAUCAGUGUUUGACAGGUUUAAAAAGUAGUGUAAAUGCUUAUUUGGUUUAUUUUAAACUGCUUUUAAAAAGUUUAUAUUGAUCUACUAAUACUUUUUCUAUAUAACUUAUCAUACAUAGUUUAUGGAUCUUUGUUGAACAACAUUGCACUGUGUAAUUCAUUAACAAAAUAAUGAGUGUAUACAAUUUUCUUCCAUAGACCCAAACGCUGAAAAGAACAUCUUUGUAUGACUUCCAUGUUUCACACGGAGCUAAAAUGGUCCCAUUUGCUGGGUGGGAAAUGCCUGUUCAGUAUAAAACAGGUAUUAUUGAGGAGCAUCUACAUGUACGAAGGUAAGGAAGCUUCCUAUAUUCUACCAACAUUUUAAAAUCUUUUCCAAAAAUCCAUUUGCAUUAUUGGCAUUUAGCAAUUGUUCAUUUCACUUGCUUAGGUGUCAUCCAUAAUAUAUGAUGUCAUGCAUCUCAUGGGGAGGAGGGGGUUCACAAGGUAUUGUGGGGGUGUCUAUACAAUGUGACAAAUUUAUGAUGAUGAAUAAAUGGUAAGGGUCCUGAAUUCUGCACAAAUAGUACAAACUUCAUUUAUGGAUGGCGGCUUAGUAACUUAGUAAUUUUAAUAUUUCAUCUUUUGUGCCAGUAAUUCACUGUCACGAUUUGCAUGCAAUAAAAAGAUGUAUAAAGCAUUUGUACAUGUUAUUUCAAUAUUAAAAAAAAAAAAGAAAUAUGUUAAAUAGGUCUUAAAAAAAUUAAAAAAUAGACCUGCAUUAAUUUUUUUUACAUGGAAGUGUCAGCUGAAAGAUAUGUUGUGCCUGUAGUAUGAAAUAAUUAAUCAGGAACACAUGGGAGGCACACUAUCCAAAAAUAAGAAAUGACAAUGGUAACCAUAACCUACAGUUAUAAAAAAACCACUUUAGCUUUAUAGAAAUUUUAAUGAAAAUUUCCUAGUUUAAUAACGUUUUGUGAUUUUUAGCUUUAGCAUUAUGUUGUAAGUUUUUGUAAAUGGCUCAUUAUCACUUGGUGCAAUGGAUAUUGAAAUAAUUUUGAUAGUGGAUUCUUCCUUUGUACUAGAUUUAUCUUAGCAGACCUGUUUACUCUUAUGAUUUUGGCGUACAAUGUACGAUUUUGAUUUGUAUACAUAUUAUAUACUCUGUUUAUUUUUUUACUAUUAAGAUAAUGUAUUGAACGCUUUUGUGAUGAUAUUGUACGAUUUUAAGAGUUUGAGGGUAAACAGGUUUGUUUUAGGCAAUUGACAGGUAAGGUCGCGUCGGAAUACUUAAAAUCAACUGAAUGUUAUCAAUUGUUCAAUUUUGAAAUGGAAGGCAAGUAGAUAAAUUCUGAAAAUAAAAAUUCAUUUUUUUCUUUUUUUUUUUUUGUUCAGAGAAGUUGGCAUAUUUGAUGUGGCCCACAUGUUACAAACUCGAGUAGAUGGCAAAGACAGAAAAAAGUUUAUAGAAAGUCUUGUCGUUACUGAUAUAGAAGGUACUUGUACACUUUAAUAGUGAUCACUACAUGCUCAGUUUGUAUAAAGUAAUAAAAAUAAAAUCUUUAAAAUGUUUAUUUUUAAAUCAAACAAAUGCAGACCUUUGUAGAUAAAAGCUUCAACUCUGACUUGCCAAUGCUUUAAAAAUGUUUUUAUUAAAGUUCUGCAGCAAAAUAAAUGUGCUCCUUCUUAUUAUACUUUAAAAAAAAAAAAAGGUCUUAAGGAAAACCAGGGAUCUUUAACAGUGUUUACAAAUGAUAAAGGAGGUAUUCUUGAUGAUCUGAUUGUCAACAAUGCCAGUGAGGGGUACCUUUAUGUGGUUUCAAAUGCAGGAUGCGCAGAUAAAGAUUUUGCUCAUAUGAAGGUUGAAAAAUUCGUCAUUAUCGUUUUAUGUCAUGUUAAAUUUAAUUAUUUAAUUUUUAGUGAAUUAUGAAUUGUAAAAAUACUUUUAAUUUUAUGGCGUAAUUAUUUUAAUGAUGUGAACUAUGUUGGUAUUCAAUAAUAUAAUUUGUUUAAAGAACAUGUAGACAACUCUUAAAUAUUCUGCACACAAACCAAUAAUUGAUGAGAUGAGGAAUUUUAUUUGUGAGUUCAGAAAAUAACUUAUGCAAAUAACUACAUGUUUAUAACAAAUUGGGAGUUUUCAGCUGCUCUUAACAACAAUUGUAAGGGUCAUUUCUACUUGUUAAAAGAAAAACAAGGUUAUUGGAAUGAUUGUAAUUACUUGUAGUCAGCAUCCUUAUAAAAAUUAGUGUUUAAUUAAUGUUAUAUAAAUGAAAUGAACAUGAAUUCAAAUUAAAUUGGUUAAGCUCACAGAUAACAUAAUCUUUAAAAAAAAAAAAAAAAAAAAAAAAAAUAAAAAAAAAAAAAAAAAAAAAAAAAAAAAAAAUCAUGUUUCCUAUUCAUCAGGACAAAGAGAAACACUUUAAAAAAGCUGGUGCUGAUCUCAAUCUAUCUGUUAUUGACAGUACUCUUAUUGCAUUGCAAGGUGAUAUUGAUUAUAGUCUUUUAUUAUAAGCUUUUGCAAUUUGAUAUUAUUUUAUUUGUUCAAAAGUAAUUUAUUUCUGAACUGAUGACAUAGACUAUGAAAUAUCUUAAUAUCUUGAUAUACCUAACCACAAAUAAGUAAACAAAUUAAUUUAAAAAAUACAUUUCAAAAAAAUGCAGUGAAAAGGAUAAAAGUUAAUUAAACUCUAUCUGUUAAAAAUGAAGUAAGUGAAAGUCUGAAAAUAUUGGUUGUUUGAGUCUGACAUUUUUACCAUAAAUAUUUUGUAAACUUAUUACAAUUUUAUCACACUUAAUUAAGUAUUUAUUGUUGUUGUAAAAUACAUUUUUAAUAGAUUUUAAAUAUUUAAGUUUUAUUCUUAUCAGGCCCUAAGAUGGUGAAUGUUUUGCAGCCUUAUAUUGACUUUGAUCUAAAAAAUCUUCCAUUUAUGACAACUGUUGUCUCAAAAGUAUGCAAUGCAAAUGGAUGCAGAGUGACAAGGUGUGGUUACACAGGAGAAGACGGUGUUGAGGUAAUUAUUUUUCACCUUUUUCAUCAUCUUGUAAAAUGUUGGGGUUUAUUAAAUCUGAACAAAACACUGAUGAUGAAUAGUUAUAAUUUCUUAAAUACCUUUUGGGUUACUGCUUUAAAUAAAUAAUUUAGUUAACAAAAAUAUUAUUUCUAUUUUUUCAUUCAGAUAUCAAUCCCAACAGCAUUAGCUGACAGUGUUGUGACCACAUUAUUAUCAUCAUCAAAGGCUUCUGUGAAAAUGAUUGGUCUAGGAGCACGUGAUAGUCUCAGGCUUGAGGCAGGCCUUUGCUUGUAUGGUAGUGACAUUGACGAAACUACUACUCCUGUUGAAGCUAAUUUGACCUGGCUUGUUAGUGAGUGUCUGACAUGGUCAGAACCUAGGGCAUUUUUAAUUACCUGCUAUGGGGCUGGCAUCUGCUCCUGGGUGAAUUUAUGAAAAAGUUAUUUGGAAUUAAAAAAAUCCUCUCCAAAUUUAUACUCUAGGGAAGAGCUCAGCAACCUUUUUUUCAUUAAUGGCACACCCUAGGACUUACCCAGAAUUCCGUGGCACACCACAAUAUGUCCAAACAUGCACAAAUAUACUUAACAUAAUGUAGCUAAAUUUCAUAAUGGUGUGUUAUGCUAAAGGGUAUAAGAUUAAACUGUAUUGCUCUAUAAUAUUAACUGUCUGUUUUAGGCACAUUUCUGUUAUCAUAGAUUUUGACAGCUUUGUAAUAGGCUGUAACCCAUGUCCCUUUUGUAGCAACACAGUUUUAUUAUAUUGACAGUCCUAUAUUUACUCUCCUUUUCCUUCUCUUGGAGGCAUUUUCAUGGCAUCUGAAACACAAAGGUACACCAGUUGCAGAGCUCUGCUCUAGGGCAUGAAUUGAAAGAUAUUAUUGUAAGUGGGAACCGAAAUUGAAGCAUCGAAUUCUUUAAAAAAAAUUUGAUGAUCAGGACUUACUUAGGAAUAGUAAUGACGUUUAAACAAUUUUUGAUGUUGAAAUGCUAUUUUCAGGUAAAGCUCGAAGGGCCAAAUCUGAUUUUCCUGGUGCCAAUAAAAUUCUCGAGCAGAUAAAAUCCAAACCUGAGAAGAGAAGGGUUGGCUUUAUUUCCACAGGAAUACCCGUGAGAGGUAAGUGUGCAUUCCAGUAUAUUUUAAAUACAUGCAUUGAUUUUAAUUUAAAAGAACAAAUGAGCAGAAUUAAUCCCUUUUUGUUUUGUACUAUUAGGCCAUGCCAAGAUUUUUUCAGAGGAUGAGUCUGAACUAAUUGGGGAAACCACCAGUGGGUGCCCAUCACCAACUCUAAAGAAAAAUGUUUCUAUGGGUUAUGUCAAGACCCAUCACUCUAAGAACGGCACCCAGGUCAAGAUUGAAGUGAGACAAAAUAUGAUUGAUGCAGAGGUUGUGAAGAUGCCAUUUGUUCCUUCCAAUUAUUUCCUUUUAAAAUAGUAUCGAGAAACCAACUAUGAUUUUUUUUGUUAUUUUAUUUAAUUUUCCUUGUUAAUUUUGGUGUGAGGGCUAUAAAAUUGUCUUUGGAUGUCCUUAAUUAAGUUAAAUUUGUAUCUAAAUUUUCAUUUGGUCAAAUGGAUAUUUAUUCUCUACAUUACUUCUUAAUAACCAUUUGUUUCACUGUAAAACAUUUCUUUUUUAAAAAUUAUUGAUUUUAAAAAAAAGGUUCAAAUUAAUAACUGCUUUUAAAAUUAUUUAAAAAUUAUGAAAUAUUCCUUCCUAAUUCGGUGGCUAGUGAUUAAAGGUAUUUGAUAUUAAAAGAUUUUGCUUAAAUAUGGGCAAACUUCCUUCAUGGUUGCAAAAUUAUGUUUAAAACUGCAUAACUGUGGCUUUAAAUGGUGUCUUUUAUCAUUAAGAAAAAUGUUAAUAGAAAGAGUCAAUUUAUUAUUGUUACAUGCCUGGGACGUACUGGUGCACUUCUCUCCUAUAUUGUGUACAGAAAACAUGUAUCUCACCAUUUUAUAAUCAGUAUUAAUGGUAUGAAAUGAAAGAUAUCAUUGUAAUAUCCUAAUUUAAAAAUUAUAAUCAAAGGAAAAAAGAAACAAAUAUUUUCAGUAAUUUACUAAGAGAAGGCUGUUUUAAUCUAGCCUUUUACAUUGAAAUAAAGUUAAUUUAAAAAGUGUCUGUUUGAUGUCAUUAAUAAUGUUACAUCCUCUAUUGAGGGCUGAGUCUAGACUCUUACAGCCCGGGCAUAUUAUGUCACUCAAAGGUUCCCAUGCUUUUUCCCUGUGACCCAAAAUUUUAAAAUUCAAUUUUUAUCAGUGAUUUCAAAUUUUAUAAACAACUAUGUGUUAAACCCAAUUAUUAUCAGUGAUUUCAAAUUUUCUAAACAACUUAUGUGUUGAAGAGUACUUACUAUGGGACAUGUUAAAAAUUGUCCACAACCCAACUCAGGCUUUUGAAAUUUAGUGAUAAAAACUACUUCACUCAGCCAUCUUUUUUCAAGUCAUAAAUAAAACUUAAAACAGUUCAUUAAAUUGCAUAAAAAUGGAUCAAUUUUAUUUCUCAUGACUCAGUCAGCUUUACUAAGAUAGCCUUCUUUGAAUUAAACAUUAAGGAAAUAUAUAAACCUUGUUGUAUAACCUUGUUAUAUAAACCUUGUUGUUCAAUAUGCAAAGCAACAUUUAUUAACCAAGUUCAGAAGUCCUGUUUUGUUAAUUGAUAUUAUAGUCACAUGAUGAUCUUGGUUGUUGCCUGAUUUUAAUUGAAACAAUUUUUGGGAUGUCAUUUUUGUUGUUAUGGGAGGCACAGGGGUAUAUUUUUUGGAAAUUAAAGUGAUAUUAUACAAUUAUACAUCAUAAAUGAAAUCUCCAUUUCAUUUAUCGCCUAUGAUAUUAUUUUAUCUUUGGGUUUAAAUUUUACUUUCAGUUCUUGGUGAGCUUUAAACAACAUUCAAUGUAGAAUAUGUAACCAAAAGAGUUUUUUUUUACUUUAUGUUUCUCGAAUCCCAUUGAUUAAUAUGAUUUUACCAGUAUGGUAUUCUACAGUAAUCCAUUGUGUAUUUCGGUGCUGAUGAAUGCUUCACAGAGCUUGAAUUUCCCAGUCUCAAAUCUGGCCCUUGUUCUGAGAAGUCAAACUUACAUUAUAGUGUCAUAUAAAAUUUGGCACUUCUUUAAAGUGCUAGCUAACCUGAUCAUAAGGCAGCUGUUUACUAAACUAGUCUUUGUUUACCAUGCAUACAAUUAUAAUUUUUCUGUGUGGCAUUUAUUAAAAUCUGUUAAUGUUAUCUUUUUUGAUUUAUGAUAAAGUCUAUAGAUUUGUUAAUGGAUAUAUCUAAUUUCAUCGCCAUUACUUUUGUCAUAACAUAAAAUGAAUUGAAGGUUGCCAGGCAAUAAAAAAAAUAAAAUU